AUGUGCAGAUUCCUUGUAUACAAGGGCAAGGACGAGAUCCUGCUCUCGAAACUGAUCCUCGAUCCCACGCAUUCAAUCCUCACCCAGUCCUACGACUCGCGCCUCCGUUUGGACACUCGCCGCCCACACAAUGGUGACGGCUUUGGAGUUGGCUACUACACCUCCCCCGACCUCGGACCCGAGCCCUGUAUUUUCACCUCGACCAUCCCCGCCUGGAACUGCAUAAAUCUCGAGCGUCUCGCCUCCAAGACCACUUCGAACCUGAUCUUCGCUCAUGUGCGCGCCACGACCGAGGGCAACCUGUCGGACAGCAACUGCCACCCAUUCCGGUACAAGAGCUUGAUGUGGAUGCACAAUGGCGGGGUUGGCGCUUGGAAGCAUGUGAAGAGGAGGCUGGCGUCGUCUCUGGGCGACGAAUGGUUCAACUUCGUGCAGGGUUCAACGGACAGUGAAUGGUGUUUCGCGCUCUUCCUGGACUGCAUGGACCGCAUGGGACACUCGCCUGACGCUGAGGUUGGGGAAACUGGCUUCCCACACACGGUGUUGAGGAAGGCCAUGCUGAAGACGAUUGAGAGAAUCAACGCGCUCAUGAGGGAGGUUCCCGCGGACGUCAGGGAGGAAGAUACCCGGAGUCUGCUCAAUUUUGCGGUCACGGAUGGCAACAGCGUAGUGUGCUCGCGCUACGUCAGCAGCAAGACGGACGAAGCUGCCAGUCUCUUUUUCUCGUCGGGCACCAGCUGGAAGGCGCAAAAGAACAGCAACAUCGAUGCCGACAAGAAGGACUACAAGAUGGAGCGGAAGGACAAGGGCGCUGACAUUGUGCUCGUUGCCAGCGAACCGUUGACGUUUGAGCGUGACAACUGGGUUACUGUCCCCACCAACUCAACCAUUACUAUCCACAAGCAGACGGUCAUGAUCCAUCCGAUCAUGGAUGAAUACUAUAACCCGAACCCGGCACACAAGCGGUCGUCACAGUUUGCGGUGCAGAAGGGCCAGACCAUAGCUGGGCCGGACAAGACGGCGAUCUCUCAAUCGAUGUCACGAGACGGAUCGGGACUGAGAACGCCAACGGCAGCGUUCGCAUGCGGGUGA